AUGGGUCGCAAGGGAUUCACAAGAUUUACAAAAGGCGGGCGUUCUAUUUGGGGCGGCGAGGGUAUAACACCCGAAACUCUAAAAAAUGCGCAAUGGGCAUGGGAGCCAUGUACAAAUACUGAUAAUAUUGAAGUGGUGGUACCUUUAUUGCCGACUAAAAAGCUGCCCGUUUUAUAUACACCGUCAUCAUCAAAAAAACGAAAGAAUAAAGAAUAUCUCGUGAAAAACCGCCACCUAAUUGAAGAAAAUGGAUUGAAAGAGAUCGAACCAUCAAGUACCGCCUCAUUACCACGAUCCAUAACUGAUCCAAUGGCAUUCGGACAAGGUUAUCAGCCAGUCGUAGACCCAGAUACAGGUAGUGUAUGUGGCGUGUUUGUAGACAGAUCAGAAGAAGAGUACCAGGAUGAGGAACAAACAAGAAAAAAAGGCACAUUGUGCCAGUAUAAGGCAGCAACAGCGAAGUCGAGUCUAUGGGAAUCACUCAUUCGUAUUGUUCAGCUGGAAUACUUCCAAAUGACAUUUGACCCCAUCAUACCUUGGCCAACCUUUCCUCCGAUCCCGGAACAAGCAAUAAGAGCCUAUCCUCAUAUUUUCGGUGAGGGUAACAAUAACGAAAUUGAGCGAUCGUCAAGGCUGAGGACGGUCUUUGAUUGUGUUGAGAUUGUGAAAAAACGAAAAUUGGAAGGAUAUAAGCCUAUUGGGCUUGGCUCAAAAAAGGUCCCGAAACAAAAUAAUAAUAAUAGUAAUGGAUGA